AUGUCGCAAAAGCCCAAACUCACCCUCUUCGUGGACAUAGUCAGUCCAUUCGCAUACAUGGCUUUCCACGUCUUGAACCGUUCCCAAAUCUUCAAACAAGUCCAAAUAACCUACAUACCAAUCUUCCUCGGCGGCGUCAUGAAAGCCUGCUCAAACACUCCUCCCAUAAACAUAAAAAACAAAGGCGCAUACAUUGAAAGCGACAGAAAGCGCUGGUCGAAAUACGCAAAUAUUCCCAUGGGAAAAAAUAUGCCAGAGGAUUUCCCGCCGUUUACUUUGCAUGUCAUGAGGGCUUUGGCUGUUGUGGAGGGAAAACAUGGCGAGAAACUGACAGAGAGUAUAGCGGCUUUGUAUAAAGGUAUGUGGGUGGAUGGGAAGAAGAUUCAUGAACAUGCUGUCUUUGAGGAGAUUUUGGUGGGGGUUUUGGGAGAGGAGGAGGCGAAGAAAGUAGUUGAGGAGAGUACGAAAAAGGAAGCCAAGGAUAGACUGACUGCCAACACGGAUCUGGCAUUCAAGGAAGGUGCCUUUGGGUUGCCUUGGUUUUUGGCUACGAACAAGGAGGGUGUCACGGAGAAGUAUUGGGGCUUUGACCAUUUGGGCCAGGUUAUUGAGCAUCUUGGUUUGGACAGAGGGGAGGCCAAGGAGUUGAGAGCGAUGCUUUAG